AUGGCAACUGAAGGCACAGGAGACAGUGAUACGAAAGAAUAUACUUUCGAUCCUCAAGCGACAAUAGUCAUUGGGCUCCUAGCGUCACCCGUCUUUAUUGUCCUGUCUUAUUGGGAGCACUAUAGAUCUACAACCCCGUCGACCAUCUUAAACUUGUACUUGCUCGCCACCAUCCCGAUGGAUGCUGCUCGAGCACGUACACUAUUCAAGAUACCUAACAACAUUGCCAUCGCAAGUAUCUUUACGGCGAUCGUGUGCUUCAAGUUCAUUAUUCUUAUUCUAGAAGCCAAGGAGAAGAGCAAUCUGAUUCGGCCUGAAUUCAAAUGCCCUUCACCAGAGCAGACAGCAGGGACACUGAAUCGUAGCUUCUUCUGGUGGUUCAAUCCUCUACUCUUGAUUGGAUUUAAGCAGAGCUUGGUAGUAAAUGAUCUUUUCUUCAACGACGAUGCUCUUACUUUCGACGCCUGGCGUGAUAUAAUCCGUCGCCGACUGGCCAAUGCUGAUAACUCAAAGCCUCAUGCACUCCUCAAAGUUAUGCUAGCCACAUUCAAAGGCCUGCUUCUAGCAGGUAUUAUCCCUCGACUCUGCUUAACUGGCGUGAAUUACGCUCAGCCGUUUCUGGUCAGUCGUGUUGUGAAUUUUAUUGAACAACCCGAGACGGCAACGAGCAACAAGAUCGCUUAUGGCUUAAUUGCAGCUUACGCCAUCGUUUAUAUUGGUAUAGCAGUCAUGUCAACAAUUUCUCAGCACAAGAAUUAUCGUGCCAUUGUUGCAAUCCGAGGCAGUGCGGUAUCCUUGAUCUAUCACCAUACUUUGAGCCUAAGUAGCUCUUCAGCCUCGACUAGCUCCUCCUUGACGUUGAUCAACAACGAUGUGGAGCGCAUGGGUCAUGGAAUGAGAGACGUUCAUGAGAUAUGGGCCAGCUUGAUCGAAAUAGCCCUUUCUCUUUGGUUGCUCGAGGUAAGAUUGGGGGUCUCGGUCGCCGCAGCUGUUGUGGUUAUUAUAGGUUGCGUAUUUGGGUUUGUGAAGUUGGGCAUGCUCUUAAGCGGCCGUCAGAAGGUCUGGCUCGAAGCAAUCGAGGCGCGUAUCACCACGACAGUUGCAACACUUGGCUCAAUUAGAGGCAUCAAAUCAACAGGCUCAACCGAUAUCGUCCAAAAUAUCAUCACGCGUUUGAGAUCGGAUGAAAUUCGGAUCUCUAGAAAAUACAGAGAACUUAUUGUCGGUCUUGUCACAUUGUCAUAUGUUUCAACCACCUUGGCCCCCGUCUUCGCCUUUGCAACAUACAGUAUUAUAUCGAACUUUAGAGGCACCACACCAUUAUUGGCCGCUUCUGCAUACACGUCAUUAACAGUAUUCUCGCUUCUUGGCCAGGCUGUCUCGAAAUGGAUCAGCUCCACCGUGGGCAUCAUCAAUUCGAUUGCUUGUCUUGAGCGAGUUAGACAAUAUCUGGCAACCAACCCAAGGGUCGAUCCCAGGACAAUCGAAUCAAACAACAAACCCAUCGGUAGUUCUAAUCCGGCCGAGGUGCGUACCUUUGAUAUCUCAGGGACAGAAAUGCUUGACAUGGGAUCUGUCGAUCCAAGUCCCUACAAUCCACAUAACGCUGAAGGUUUGCCGGCUGAAAUUCCGGCAAAUCAGAAGAUAAUCACAAUACGAGAUUGCUCGGCAAGUUGGAAAAAGGGUUCCGACCCUGCAAUAUCUGGUAUUAACAUCACGGUACUACUUGGAAGCCUUGUGAUGGUGAUUGGGCCGAUCGGAUGUGGGAAAACGACUUUACUGAAGGUCAUGCUUGGUGAGAUGCCCCACACCACAGGGACAGUAAUCGUAGGCAGGUCUAAAGCUGCUUUUUGCGCACAAUUGCCUUGGUUGACAAACGCCAGUAUCAGGGAUAAUAUUAUUGGUGUCUCAUACCUCGAUGCACGGUGGUACAAUACAGUGGUGAAGGCUUGUGCCUUAGAUCAGGAUUUCACGCAACUUCCAGAUGGCGACAAUACCGUUAUUGGAAGUAAAGGUGUUUCAUUGAGUGGCGGACAGAAGAGCCGUCUUGCUUUAGCAAGAGCACUUUACGCAAGGAAUGAUCUUGUUAUUCUAGAUGAUAUUUUCAGCGGACUCGAUGCAAAAACUGAACGGCAUGUUUUUGAAUCAGUUCUAGGAUCUCAUGGCAUACUGAGACGCGGAGGUACGACGACAGUCCUUGCAACAAACUCGGUUCGCAAUAUCUCGCUAGCAGAUCACAUAGUUGUUCUGGGACCAGAUGGCAAGAUCAUUGAUCAAGGUACAUAUCGAAACUUGGUCUACGCCAGUAGCUAUCUUGAGAGUCUCGGCACUCGAGAGAAGACGCUCAACGCAAGCGAGCCGGAGAAAAUCGACGACGAUACAGUCCCAGGUCUAGCUGCUGCAAGGACUCCGUAUCAACCUAGCGAUAUUGAUGACAAGCGAAAGAGUGACUUGACCAUCUACAGGUAUUACAUUGAUACGGUAGGGUGGGUAACUUGGGGGUUUUUUGUUCUGCUUUGCUCUGGCUUCGUUUUCGGCCUGGUCUUUCCACAAAUUUGGAUUCAGUUCUGGACGGAAGCGAAUGCGAAAGAAGCCAACCAUCGACUUGGGUACUAUCUGUCGCUAUACGCUCUUUGGUCGGUGAUGGCUAUCGUGAUAUUUCUUGGAGCUUGCUCGUGGUUAAUGAUCAGAAUGGUGCCACAAGCUGCCAUUAAGUUUCAUAGAGUACUUUUAAAUUCGGCCCUGAGAGCCCCGCUAGCAUAUUUCUCUACUACGGAUAGUGGAGAAGUGUCAAACAGAUUCAGCCAAGACCUGGAGCUUAUCGACAUGGAGCUCCCAACGGCCCUCAUUGGCACCACCAUCACUUUCUUGUCGUGCAUUGCCCAGGUUGGAGUCAUCAUCUAUGGCUCAAGUUACGUAGCAGCUGCAGUUUUUGGACUGGUUAUUCUUCUUUACUAUGUUCAAUUGUUCUACCUGAGGACUUCACGGCAACUGAGACUCUUGGAUCUAGAAGCAAAAGCACCGCUUUUAUCCCACUUUAUGGAAUCCAUCAAUGGCUUGGUCACGGUCCGCGCGUUUGGCUGGACUGAAAAGUUUGCCUGCAGGAAUUAUGAUCUGCUCGAAAGAUCCCAACGUCCUUUUUACCUUUUGUUUUGCGCCCAGCGAUGGCUUAAUCUAACAUUGGAAUUGGCCGUUGCUUUCCUUGCCAUUAUUUUGGUUAGUAUAGUCGUUACAACCAGAGACACCUCAGGUGCGAAAGUAGGUGUUGCAUUGGUCAGUAUUGUAGGGUUUGGGGUCAGCUUGAAGAGCCUCGUAUACAACUGGGCAUCUUUGGAAGUUGCGAUGGGCGCUAUCUCCAGAAUACGUCACUUCGCGAUUCACACUAGCUCUGAAGAUCAGCCAGGCGAAGACAAAACUUUGCCACCAGACUGGCCGCACCAAGGCAUGAUCACAUUUCACAAUGUAUCAGCAGCUUAUUCGCCUACUUCUCAUACUGUCCUCAACAAUCUUUCAUUUUCUGUCAAAGCUGGCGCAAAAGUUGCCAUAUGUGGUAGAACAGGGAGUGGCAAGAGUUCAACUAUUGCGGCCCUACUGAGGCUCAUUGACUUACGUAGUGGAACAAUCACAAUCGAUGGGAUAGACAUAUCGACUGUUGUGCGACAGGAGCUCAGGUCGAAGCUCAUCACGCUACCACAAGAACCUUUCUAUUAUCAUGCUACUAUUCGGGAAAACCUCGAUAUCAGAGGUCAGUCCUCUACCGAAGAGCUUCUCGAUGUUCUAGACGUGGUCGGAAUGCGGGAAGUGAUCGAUAAGAAGGGUGGUUUGGAUGCCAUGGCGAAUGAAGACCCGUUAUCUCACGGCCAGUCGCAGCUUCUCUGUCUGGCUCGUGCAGUACUUCGACCUAACAAGAUACUCAUCAUGGACGAAUCAACAAGCAGUGUUGAUAAGAAGACCGAGGCCAAGAUGGUCGACAUCAUCAGAGAAAGAUUUCAGGAUCGAACUGUUAUUUGUGUUGCCCAUAACCUGAACACCAUUAUGGACUACGACGAAGUCAUCGUGCUCGAAGCAGGACGUAUCGUAGAGCAGGGAAAACCAUCGAUACUUGCCCUUGAGCCAUCGAAAUUCGCAUCUCUGCUCCGGGCUGCUGAUAGUGAGCCUGAAAAUGCCUCGGAAGAAGAGACGACUGGGGCUGGUCUAUCUCCCGGUGUCUCUGUGUAG